ACUUAUCAAACUGUGACUUUAAUCAAUGUACUGCAUGUUGUUUUUACAGCCACUUACUCACAUGGCUACACGAGCCUCACAAGUUUGGUGCUUUCCAGUAAUCAGUGCUUGUGGUAUCAGUAACAGCAUUUCCAUGAGCGUCUCAGAUGAUCCCAAAACAGGUGAACACACUCCUGAGUGACCAGCAGGGGGCGACAGCAGUCCGUCUGCGCGCUGCACCGCUUGCAACAGAAACCACUGAAACCGUUCCCAACAAGGAAGUCACCAACGGCACAAACCGCGAUGUGCUCUUCUGUCAGAGCAGCAUCCGAGCAGACAUGUCCUCUCUACAGCAUCUGAACGAGUUUAUUUCUGAGCGGCUGACAGCGGCGGCCGUGGAGAUUUUCGGAGCGGUGGAGAAAACGUUGAUCGAGUACCAGGGAGAAAUCAACCGAUCGAAGCAAGAGAUAGAUCACCUGCGAACACUGGUGCUCUGGCCUCAAGUCAGGUUGCAUAGAUCAGCAAGCCGCCAGUUCAGUCCUCCCUGCUGGGAUAAGGAGGCUUCUCCUGAGCGCUCCCAUGCGGAGAAAUGGGCCCCAGAUGUGAGCCCAGACCACCCAGGCACCCUGUGUGUCAAAGAGGAGCAUGACCAGAGGGCAGUCUGGCGAGGACCGUCCUGUGGCCAGCAGAAAGCACGAGGUGACCCAAUGUUGCCCUCGCAGUUAUACAGAAUAGUAACUGUUGAACAGGCAGCAGACAUCAAAGCUGAGCCUUACAGCGAGGAGUUUAUAACAUCUCCGUCAACCAGGAAGCCUGAGAUCCCCUUUGGAAUAAAUCCAAAGUCUUCUGGACUUCAGCAGGAAACUCAGAUAGGUGAGGAGAGGACCAGUGAGACCACAUCCAGCACAGAUCGGCCUGAGGUCACUGAUGAGCAACAGGACGGGAGCCCACUUCAGCACCACAAGGACCCUGAUCCCUUACAAGUCAAAGUGGAAAAGCUUACAUCAUCUAGUGCUCAGAAAGAGAGACACAACAACGAACCCCCACCUCAGUCAGAGAGGAGUGUUUACAAUCAGCGUCAUUCUUCAAGCCCCAGCCAUGACCACAUUUUGACCAACCAAACAUUUGACCUGGCAGAGAAAAACAGACAAGCUGCUGAAGGAGACAGCGACCAGCCAUCCAGAGUGACUACAGUUUCCCAUCCCCUCCACUGUGUAAAUCAAAGUCAGUACGGUACUGAAAGUGUGGUGAAUGGCGAGUGGAUCAAGGCGCCAAAGAAAAGGCAAAACUCCAACUUGUGCAGUGAAGGAGGCAACAGCAUCGGAGUGGGAGAAGAUGUAAAUGACCUCAUCAGGGAGAGAAAACACACGUGUCCCGUCUGUGCGAAACGUUUCAAAGAGUCGAGCCAUUUGAAGGAUCACGUGAGAAUCCACACGGGAGAGAAGCCGUAUCGGUGUAAGGAGUGCGGCAUGAACUUCAGGCAGAGUGGAACUCUGACUCUGCACAUGAGGAUCCACACCGGAGAGCGGCCGCACCAGUGCACCGACUGCGGCCGGCGUUUCAAUCGGAAAGGCGACAUGGAGACUCACAGGGUGACACAUACGGGGGAGAGACCCCAUCUGUGCACAAUGUGCGGGAAGAGCUUCAAGAGGAAGAGCAACUUGAAUACACAUGUGAAGAUUCAUGCAGAGGACAAAAUGAAUCACACUCAACCACUGUAACCGCUUAUCUUCCAGUGAGAAAUCCUGUGGAAAAAGGAAAGUUUAUAUUAUCAUGUUGACUAGAGUGUGAUACACAUUUGUAAAUAUUUCUAAACCAACUGAGAUUGUUGUUGUUGUUGUUGUUGUUUUAACAGUUUUGCAAACUGCAACUUUACUGCUUUGGUUUACUCUCAAUGCUUUCAUCAGCCUGUUUUUGGCUGCAGCAGGCAGCUGUUUCAGCCAAGACUGCUACCAGGCAGCAGACAAAGGCAGCAAAUACCUUUUGGGGAGCAUUUAACAGCUCAAGAGACAAGACAUAUUUUCUCAGGAAUUGGUGCACACCAAGCAGAACUUAAUGAAGAAUGGCAGUCAGACAAAACACGAGUCCACCUUCACAGAUGGCUCUAAUUCACGGUAAGUUAAUGGGUGGUAAGUGUGCCAUUUAGGAACACUUACUGGUUUCUUUUUAUUAAGCAGAGCAUCUAACUAAAAGGGACUCUGCAUUAAAUAUUGAAAUUAUUAAAUGGGUUGCAGUAGUGUUUAACUUGACCCGACUGCAUUGGCACAGAGAUUACUGUGACGGUUAAGGUGAACUAAAUGAUGAAGACGAGAAUAAGGAGAGGUGGAAUGCUGGGCACACAUAGAUGAAGAGAACACACAGCAGAUCAUAGCCUGUGAGGACCUACAUGCCUUCUCCACCUGCUGGACCAGGUAAGUGUGGUGAAAAGGCUUGAAAAAUAAAAUAGAGACCAUUUUUCAGUUUCUGGAAAGAUGUUGGUGCUUGAAGCUUCUGUUGUUUAGAGCUGCAGCAUUCCUCUAGGUUGCUUCCUUCUCUAUGCAAGUGAAAUAGUUUCUGCACCAUCAGGUGCGUGUUGGUCUUCAGGUAUAGAACAUGUAGAAGAUCAGUAAUUGAAAGAGUCAUUGAGUAUGUUGUGCUUCUCUUAACUCCUGCCUCGAAUGUUGCGAAACAACAAACAACAGAAAUGCGCCAUUGUAAAGCAAUCCAACUGAAAUGUGCGCGUGCAUGUGUGUGAUUGGCCAAUGCGGCCCAAAUUAUAGAGAUAAGAAGUGAUGUCAUCACCCCCCCUGGCAGUACGUCAUGGUUUUAUAUUGUGUUAUAAUGUGUUUUAUAUGGUGUAAAAGUUGUGCACUUUGGACUGUGAAUCCACCGAUCCGACUGAAUAUUUCCCUGGGAGUGGCCAAGUAACUCUUCUAGAUUAUUAUCAAUUUAUUGGAAAAUCGAACAAUCAGAAGUUGCUCAUUCAGUGCAAUUCGAUUACGUUUUUGAAUAAAGUUUCAAUUGCUCAGAAAUGUUUGUCAUCCACUAUUAUUGAAGAGCGUAUGUGCUGUGUCAAAAAACGCACAGGUACAUGGUCGUAUGUCAGGAUGGCCGAGCGGUCUAAGGCGCUGCGUUCAGGUCGCAGUCUCCCCUGGAGGCGUGGGUUCGAAUCCCACUUCUGACAACCACCAUUUUCAGCCACGUAACAACUACAAAAGUUGCUGCUCCUUACGCAAAGCAAGGAUACACAGAAGAUAAAUUGUAGGCUGCUAAUCUCUCUCUGGAGAGAGGUGUGUUCAUUCAGUCCAUUUUAGGUAAACAAACGAAGUGACCUACUGUCUCACUUAUGGGGGCCCUUGAAGACUGUAUCUGCUGUGUGUGGGUGUAGUACAUAGAGUCAGGAUGGCCGAGCGGUCUAAGGCGCUGCGUUCAGGUCGCAGUCUCCCCUGGAGGCGUGGGUUCGAAUCCCACUUCUGACAACCACCAUUUUCAACCACGU